AUGAUAGAGUGCUGUAUUGGAGGAGUUAAAUGGAAUGUGAUAAUUGACUCCGGAUCAGAGUGCAACCUGAUUACCCGUAAUGCGUGGGAGAAAUUCAAAGCGUCUAACAUCAAUAUACACUCGUCUACAAGACACUGCAGUCGCGUGCUCAAAGCAUACGGUAGUAACACACCAUUGAAGGUUAUAGGAUCAUUCAUUGCUGAGGUACGGAUCAAGGAACGACAUGUGGUAGCAGAAUUUUUUGUUGUGGACGGUGGUCAGCAAUGCCUUUUAGGAGAUAAAACUUCCAAGGAACUUGGAGUUUUGAAAGUAGGUCUAGAUAUUAACAUCGUGAAUGAGGAGUUAAAACCGUUCAAUAAAAUCGAUGGGAUUCAAGUUCACAUCCAUGUGGACCCGAGCAUUAAGCCAAUUUUUCAACCAUUGCGAAAAGUUCCUGUUCCUCUUGAAGAUGCUGUGAAUAAGAAACUCGAUCAACUGCUCCAGCGAGACAUCAUUGAAGUUAAGACGGGACCGACUCAAUGGGUGUCUCCAUUGGUAGUAGUCGGAAAAGCAAACGGCGAACCAAGGCUAUGCUUGGAUUUACGAAGAGUAAAUGAAGCCGUUCUACGAGAACGAUAUCCAAUGCCUGUCGUGGAUGAUUAUUUGGCAAGAAUGGGAAAACAGAUGAUUCGAAGUAAGCUUGAUAUUCGUGAAGCAUUUCUACAAAUUGAAUUGGAUCCUGUUUCCCGAGAUGUCACUACGUUUAUCACCAGUAAGGGACUCUUCCGCUUCAAAAGAAUGCCCUUUGGUCUUGUUACUACUCCUGAAACUUUUCAAAGAGUAAUGGACGAAAUAUUGACGGGAUGUGAAGGAGUGUACUGGUACCUAGAUGAUGUCAUGGUGGAAGGCACAACUGUGGAAGAACAUGAUGCAAGAUUGAAUGAGGUAUAA